CUUACAAAAUAGAAAGAGAGAGUUGCAUUUUUUAGCCUACCCAGAACUUUCACUAGCCGUCUCCGUCAGUCCAGCUCGGGUCUCGCUCCCGUCCGCUCCACGCAGUCCGUCCGUCCAUCGUUUCCCCCGUUCCGUUCCGUUCCCUCUUUCGUUUUUUUUUUCGGCCGCCCGCUCGCACGACGUUCUCGACCUGCAAAAACGCCUUCUCGAAUUCUGCUCUGCGAAUCGCGGUUUCGAUGUGCUCUCCACCGCGGAUCUGAAUCAGUGCACGAGUGCUCGCUGCAACGGUUGUUUUCCGCGGGAGUGAAUGACGUCAUCCUACCUGGCGCGCGAGUGUCCGCGAAUGUCGAGUGUGAAAUGAAGGUGGGGUUAUGAUUCCGGAUCGAUUGGUGGAUAGUGGAAAAGCAAUACGUGGAUCUGGAUUUCCUGUGAUCGAGUGUGGUGAUCGGGUUGACGGCUUAAAACUAUCAUCAAUACUUGUGCGCAAUUACCGAGGAAAAUGGGAGCCUUGUGCUUCAUCAAAAUGUGCGGUAAAAAACGCAAGAUGUUGAGAAGAAACCGUGAACUGUGACGGAAUAUGAUAAGGAGAUACUCGAAUUUUUCCUCGCUGAUUGAUGUCAAUAAAGGAUACGCAAUUCCGUGUGAACGGAGGAACGCAGGAUGGGCAGCGAUGGCCCAACCCUCUACACGAACAACAACAGGACGCCGGUCACCGGUGACGCCAACUCAAUCGCCACUAUCCUCUUCUUCAGCACCCUUUUCCUCGCUUUUCUCAUCAUCUUCCCGGGAGUUCGGAAAGAGAGAUUCACCACAUUUAUCACCGUCACACUUAGUUUGUUCGUGGGAAACGUCAUAAUGAUGGCAAGAUGCGGAUCAAACUGGCACGUGGGCGAAAUUGAUAUAGAAAGUUCUUAUCGAGCUUUCUCUACGGAACUGAUUUCCGCCAAACUUGGGGCCUACAUAGGCUUAGGACAUGUCAACAUCACUCUGAAAGCUAUCCCCGCGGAUAACACCUCAGAGGACAUAGAUUUCAAUGAGAGAUUCUCGUGGUAUGGCUCUCAUGAGAUGGGUCACAGCUACAGGGAGGCAAUUCAGAGGGGGCUUCCUUUCCCCAUUCUCACAGUAGCAGAGUACUUCAGUCUUGGGCAGGAGGGCUUCACUUGGGGAGGUCAAUAUAGAGCUGCAGGCUAUUAUAGCUCUAUCCUGCUUUGGGCUGCUUUUGCGAGCUGGCUACUCAUGAAUCUUCUCCUGAUAGUGGUCCCGAGAUAUGGUGCUUACAUGAUGACUCUAACCGGGUCAUUUUUGUUGGUGGCUGCUUUUGUGUAUCGCUGCCUCCUUCCUGCCAACCCACUACAAGUCCGUUUUGAACAAAAUAAAAUACUUGCUUUCCGCUACGGAUGGUGUUUUUGGCUAGUCAUUAUUGCUGGAAGCUUCUGCUCCAUCAUAGGACUGAUCAUCUCUAUAGGUGACUGGUUGUUCCCGAACAGAUUCUCAACGAUUCUCGAGGUGGAUUAUGACACCCCUUACGAUAGACAUAUCAUCAUCGAGGAUAGCAACCACCGAAAGAAGGGAGGAAAGGCUGGACUGGAAGAAGCCCCUGGUCUUGGCAGACGAAUUUUAAGACGGUUGUCGUCGAAAAAGGACGACGAAUCGGAGCAGAGCAACUUGAAACGAGGACUCGACAAUCGGGGUUUCGAGAUGGACCCGCCGAAGUCCCCGUGGAGGUAUCCUUUCAACAGGCCGGCAAUAACGGGCACAGCCUUCAAAAGGAGCAUCUCUCAAGACUCCAACUCUAGCAUAUCCAGUGUAGCAGUUCCUCAUGUCACAUUUGCCAGGAGGUCCGACGCUCAGCAUCCUCCGGUCCAGAGGACUGACCCACCUCCUUCCUCAUCGUUACCAGGGCGAAGUAGUCUUCGAAGUAAACCGGUGCAAGAAACUGCCAUGUGGUGAAAACCAGAUCCAGAUUGAAUACUACGCAUUUUGUAAUACAUCAAGCAAUAUUCGGUUCAGGAAAAAAAUGCGGUUGCAGUUUUCGGGUCAUCGACAUACUCGUAUUGAUUUAGAACCAGGCGAAACUGAUUGUGAUUUCAUUUUACUUUUGUAUAUUAUGAUGUAAAAUGCGACUGAGGUAUUCUGGCUCAUGUCAGUUGGCAGAAAUCAAUUUCCAGGUGAAGCUAUUGAAUCAUGACUGAUCUGAAGCUAAAAUGAAAGGAAACAGAGAGGAGCUGUAGGAAAA